AUGGGUGCCGCGCAAGUGCAAAACGGCGUCGCCGCUUCUUCCUCCUCCGCUUUGAACCAAGGAACAGCGACUGCAGCAACAACAACAACAGUAACACACGGCGUCGCCGCUUCUUCCUCCGCUUUGAAUCAAGCAACAGCUACUGCAACAACAACACCAACAGCAGCAACGGCGUGUGAAGUGUCAAAUCCGCCGAAGAAGAAGAAAAUUUGUUGUGCUUGUCCUGACACGAAGAGGAUUCGAGAUGAGUGCAUAGUAGAGCACGGAGAAGACGCUUGUGCCAAGUGGAUCGAAGCUCAUCGACUCUGUCUCCGCUCCGAGGGAUUCAAUGUUUGA